AUGUUGGACAAAUAUUGCGUUACCCAAGUUGAUCUUAGUACACAGCAAAAUCAUGGACUCCGACAGAUGUCGUGGUCUAAAUGGGUCUCCGAAGCAGUUGAGUAUCAGGUCGUAUUUGCCUCCACCGACUCGCUACUCAAUCUACCUAUCGUCACGCAAGAGCGGGUUCUGAGCAGGCUUGGCCUUCCGAGAUUUCUGCUGGAGCAGACGUGCUUGGAGUCGAAUGGCUUCGCCGGACACGAUGUCCAGCAUGAUGCAGAAGGGCAGGUACAUGCUUACAUGCACUGGUGUCGGUUCAUUAUCAAACAGACGUUCGAAAGUCUAUCGCCAAAGAAGACCUUCACCCCUUACGUUCCGCAUGACAGCAAAGAUGGUGGUCAUUCCCGCGCGCAAUCCGAUCUGCAUGGACCACAGACCAUCCAAUAUGGCUGGGAAUGGCACAAGAUGUGGUUCUUCACUCGCUGGGAAUCAUCGAGCGCGAGGACGUUUGUGUGUUUCAAUCUGCCGCCACGCACGUCCGAUUACAUCCAAAGAGAGCUGGUCCGCUUGAGUGCUCAUCACUUGCAACACCAAGACUCGCCAUAUUCCGUGGUGGCCAUUGCCGUAGCGGGCAUCGCGCGGGCAUACAAUGAAUCCGUAUGGUCGAUCCGGAACCUGAUCUGCCAACAUGAAGCCACGAGAGCUCACGAUGUCGACUACGCCGUUCUACACGAGAUCGCGCGACACAGCACGCAUGUUGCCGAAACAUUGGCCGUGGCGACAAGGACCGUUGAUGCAAUCUGCUCACAAUACUCACGAUCGCGCCCCUGGCUCCGCAAUCUCAGCAACUCGCAUAGCGAUGGCGGAGAGACUUCUACCGCCUGGGACGGCAUCAGCGAGAAGCUGGCAUCUCAACUUCGAGUUCUGCAAGGUCUCGCUGACCGCUCAUCCGCUACAGACGCGCGUAUACAGAACGAAAUCACCUUGGCGUUCCACGUGGCGAUGCAACGCGACAGCAAGACACAGGUGCAAAUUGGAAAAGAUGCGGGCAAUGAAGCUGCGGCUAUGAAAGCCAUAGCGGUGGUGACGAUGACGUUCCUGCCGGCGACCUUUGUUUCCUCAUUGUUUGGAAUGGGGUUUUUCUCCACUCAACCCUCGGGCGAAGGAACGAACGGGACACUCAUCCUCUCGCAGGACUUUUGGAUCUUCUGGGCGGUCUCUGUACCUCUGACAGUGAUUACGCUUGCAUCGUGGUGGUGGUGGAACAGGCGCCGUCUGAACGGCAAGGGAAUGGAGGCGACUCGAGACGCGGCCUUCUGGGGAAUUUGA